GAAAUAGCUCGGGUUCCUUUCCGUGUCAAGAGUGAGCUGCUUCCGGGUUGCUUGAGCUUGAGGAGCGAUGCUCUUGCGGGCGGCACUAGGAGGGGCUCGGCUGCUGCUGGCCCCUCGAGGAGCGGGAUCCCCCGGCCAGCAAUGUCAACGGUGGUGGCAGCUCCCACAGAGAUGGUCACAACACAGCGUAGUGUCAGAAGUUGCUUCCCAUCCCAGAGUGGUGGUACCACCUGUCCCCAGUGCUGUGACCAACCGGGCUGUAGGGCGCUGGCUUCUAAUAUGCAGUGGUACUGUGGCCGGAGCUGUGGUGUUGGGUGGUGUCACUAGGCUGACAGAGUCUGGUCUUUCAAUGGUUGACUGGCAUCUUGUGCGAGAGAUGAAGCCUCCUCGGACACAGCAGGAGUGGGAAGCAGAAUUCCAAAACUACCAGCAAUUCCCAGAAUUUAAAAUCCUGAACCACAACAUGACGCUGACAGAGUUCAAAUUCAUCUGGUACAUGGAGUAUUCACACCGAAUGUGGGGACGGCUUGUUGGACUGGCUUACAUCCUUCCAGCAGCUUACUUCUGGAGGAAGGGUUACCUCAGCCGGUCCCUGAAGGGUCGUGUCGUUGCCCUCUGUGGACUUGUCUGCUUCCAGGGCCUAUUGGGCUGGUAUAUGGUAAAAAGUGGAUUAGAGGAAAAGCCAGACUCUCAUGAUAUCCCACGGGUCAGUCAGUACCGUCUAGCCGCACAUCUGGGCUCUGCACUUGUUCUUUACUGCUACAGCCUGUGGACUGGACUCUCACUACUGCUGCCACAGCACAAGUUACCAGAAACCCGUCAACUCCUGCGCCUAAGAAGGUUUGCUCAUGGAACAUCAGGCCUGAUAUUUCUCACUGCCCUCUCAGGGGCAUUUGUGGCAGGCCUGGAUGCUGGUCUUGUAUACAAUUCAUUUCCCAAGAUGGGGGAACGCUGGAUCCCUGAUGAUCUCCUUGCCUUUUCCCCAAAGUUGAAGAACAUAUUUGAGAAUCCCACAACCGUGCAGUUUGAUCACAGGAUUCUGGGAGUUUCCUCUGUCGCAGCCAUUACAGGUCUGUACCUGUUUUCCAGGAAGCUUCCUCUCCCACGGAGGACAAGGAUGGCAGUUGCCUCCUUACUGGCUGUGGCAUACCUCCAGGUUACCCUGGGCAUCAGCACACUUCUCCUGUAUGUCCCAACUCCUUUAGCAGCCACUCAUCAAUCAGGUUCCCUGGUAUUGCUCAGUGUGGCGUUGUGGCUGAUGCAUGAACUGAAGCGGAUCCCAAAAUAACCCUACUUAUCCAGCCUCUUUGCUAGUGCUGAAGGUUUACGGUUGCUGCCUUUGCCCCACGUGUUGUAUGCUCCUCUUCCUGAAAGCCUUAAUUCGAACAGAAGGCAAGGCUGAGUAGCACCUUGACGUCAUGAGUUGAAGUGCUUUGUUGCAAAACUUGGUGAACAUGAAUCACCAUCCUUUACAUAAGGUGUGAUGUUGACAAGGCAAGCUCUGGCAAGAAUUAUGGUCGUUUGAGGUGUGUCUCGCUUCCUGCUGAGCUGUCUGUAUGAGGCUACAGCCAUGAGCUACAUUCUGUGUAGGCUGGAUAUAGACAAUGGAUUAUGGGGUGAGUGGACCUAGAAAUUUGGAUGAACAGCAAAUGAAGGCAUUUCAAAACUUUAUCAUAAGGGUGAUGGGUGGCAUAGUUUCUGGAUUUUCUUUAGCAAAAUGGGGUUUGAGUGUAAAUUUUGAGUGCAAUUUUUUUGCAUUACAGUAUUGAAAUGUGCCCUGUAAUUUAACCAUGCAGAAGACCCACAGUUCUUUCCUUAUUUAAUAAAAAAAGUAUCUCAAUAAGUCUUUUUAAAUUGACUGUUCUUACAAUGUCCCUAUGCAAUGUACCUUCAUAAGAAACUGCUGCGGCAAACCAAAGGCCCCAUUGAGUCCCUCAUCUUGUUCUCAGUGGCUAAUCAGAUGCCUG